AUGGACGCAGGCCGGAUCACGAUCCUGGUGACCACCUCGCCGAUCCCGUCCCAUCCAUCGCCUGUGCUGCUGAGGACACUCUUCGGAUCAUUCCAGAAGCAUCUCUCCCUGGACUGCCGGCGAGUCCUGGUUUGCGAUGGCUACGCGCGUGAAGAUGAGAAGCCGCAGCUCUGUGGGCAGGAGGCCUAUGAGGGAUUUUUGUCCAACGUGGAGGAGCUGCGGGCGACCGGGGAGCUGGGGGACUGCACCGUGCUGAAGCUUGGCCACUGUCAUGGGUACGGGCUGGCCCUGGCCGCCGGGCUCGCGGAGGUGUCCAGCGAGUUCGUGCUGGUGGUGCAGCAUGAUUGGCUCUUCGUGAAGGAUGUGGAUCUCACGUCGCUGGUCGCCGCCAUGGAUUCGGACGCAGCAGUGAAGUACAUCGGCAUGCAGUCCUUGACGACUCUCGGCUAUGCCCGCAGGAUGCAGCUGAGGUACAGCUUGCGGCUCCCACCGGCGCGGGAAGUCCAUGGCCUGCGCCUGGUGCCGCAGCUGCUGUGGUACGACAAGCCGCACCUUUGCCGCUGCAAGCACUACACGGAGGUGGUGCUGCCCGAAGCGAAGAUGGGCCUCAGGGAAAACCCCGAGCGCAGGUACGGAGUCGAGCAGAUGUGGCCGCGCCUUCUACACGCUGAGCAUUUGGAGGAGGAGCACUUGCGCUAUGGCACCUUCUUCUGCGAUGUCGGUGCUGAAGUCGUGUACCAUCUUUCUGGCCGAAAAGUCAUUGCAGCCCCCGAGAAUGAAGCGCUCAUGGAAGGCCUGCAUGGAGUGGCCACAGAGACCGAGACCUUCACCGCUGUGGCUGCCGCACGCACCAUGCACCUCUCCGGCCUGGGGCUGCCGGGCCCAAAGCGGCCGCAGCGGCGCUUCAAGGGCCAUUGCUACCUGUGCGGCCAGCGUGGGCACAGCAAGACGCACUGCAGUCUCCAGACUCGUGACGAGGAG